AUGGUGGAUGUGUUACAGGGUAUGAUGGAUCUUGCAUUUAAUCUAGUUCCUGCUUUGAAUUCUUCUGAUCCUAAGAUUUGUAAACCAUUUAAAUCAUGUGCAGAUGCCUUUUAUGCAACUCAUAAAGAUUGUUAAAUUGCUAAUAAAAAAUGCACAACAGAUGGAACUACGGGUUGCAUUCCUUUAGGUGCAUGUUCAACAUAUAAAUCCUAACCAGGAUGUUAGAUAAAUGAUAAAGGAUCUGUAGUUGAAUCUGGUGUUAUAACUUCAACAGGUGUUUGUACAUGGGAUUUGAGUACAAGUGGUUGUAGAGAUUAAAUUUGCUCUGAUUUGAAUGGUGUUACUCAUGCAAUUUGUAAUUCUUAAUUAUCAACAUGUACUUCAGAUGUUAUUCAACCUAAAUUAUUUGUUCAACAGCUGUUGGAAAUGAUGGACUUUGCUUUUGGGAGGUUGGUUCUGAUUCAAAUAAUAAUACAGCCAAAUGUAGAUUACUUUCAUGUGCUGAUAUUCAAAAUGGGAACAUCCAUUAAUGUUUGUUAAGCUGCUUUACCAUCUUGCAUUUCACAAAUGGAACUGUCUUGUAUCCCAAAGGCUAAAUGUUCAAGUUACACAACUAAAACAGCAUGCAAUUUUGGUGGAUUAGAUGGAAUUUGUGUAUUUACAUAAUCAACUUCUGCAUAGGCUGUAGCUGAUAGUGGAACUUGUACUUUAAUGAAUUCAUGUUCAUCUGCAAAUAAUGAUUAAAGUGCUUGUGUAGCUGCAUAAGAUAGAUGUUCAUGGAGUGCAGCUAGUUCUAGUAUUACAAGUAUAUGUACAAAUCAUACAUGUGGUACAUAUAAUUAAGUGAGUGGAACUUGUUCAAGAUUCUUUAAUUGGGAUAAAUAAUCAUAAUAAAUAUGUUCUAUGAUUAAUGGAAUAUGUAGAGCCACUGAUCCAUCAACAUUAAUAUAAACUGAUUGUUUUAAACUUUCAGGAUAUACAUAUACAUGGAAUAGUUCAGCAAACAAAUGCUAAGUUUGUACCAAAAAAGAUUAGCCAAAUGGUCCUAUCAAUAAUACAAUCAAUGAUACAAAUAAUACUAAUACGGCUUAAGGGUUAUUAUUAACAUUCAUCUUAGGCUAUUUGAUGAUUUGA